AAGAGGCAAAGGCUGGCAAACAGUUUACAUCAUUAUUCCAGAAAGAUCCACAGCUGGCUCGUCUGCCAGGGGCCGUCGGUGUUGCUCUAUUUAAGUGCGCAGGCAGAAGAGGCAGCAGUUUUCUGAGUGCUGCUAAGGCCCAGACACAAAAUGGACAUCGCCAUCCAGCACCCCUGGUUCCGUCGCUCCUUCUGGCCAUCCUUCUUUCCUAGCCGGAUCUUUGACCAGCACUUUGGGGAGCCCAUCACUGAGACCGAUGUGAUUCCCUCACUGUAUUACCCACGACCUUCCUUUUUGCGCUGGCCAAGCUGGGUGGAAAGUGGACUCUCUGAGAUGAAAAUGGAAAAAGACCGUUUCUCACUAAAUCUGGAUGUCAAACACUUUGCACCAGAGGAGCUGUCAGUGAAAAUCAAUGGAGAUUUCAUUGAAAUUCACGCUAAACAUGAGGAUCGUCAGCAGGACGAUCACGGAUUUGUCUCACGAGAAUUUGUAAGAAAAUACCGUGUCCCUGCUGGUGUGGAUCCAACCUCUGUCACUUCUUCCCUGUCUACCGAUGGUGUUCUGACAGUGACAGCCCCACGCAAGCACUCAGACGGCCCGGAGCGCACCAUUCCCAUCACCCGUGAUGACAAGCCUGCCGUGGCUGGGCCUCAGAAGAAGUAAAGCUGCUAGACUUCCAUGUUUCAACUUUAUAUCCCUUGUCUUCCCCUGUCCCAAUGUGCUCCUGCUAAAUUACAAGGGAAUAUCUUAAUAGCCCAACAUUACUGACAGGCCAAAUGUUCAUGUUGUCUUUGCUACAGCAGCUAGAGAAAAAAAACGGCUUUUAGGUUGAAACUCCAUCAGCAUCAAAAUAACUGUAACGAAUUACCUAAAACGAUUUUCAUAGAAAUACAGUUUUACAAUAAAGCAUUGUCUGCUGCUGAUGCCACCAAACAAAGGGGCCUUUGUAUAUCUUGCAGCCUUGACUGCAAGACAAAGUAUUUGAGAGUAGGAGAAUUUGUCCUUGGUAUUUUUUAUAACAAAGACAAACAAGCAAUAAUGGUUCAUUGUAUUAAACUGAGAUGGCAAAAAAAUAUCAUUAUUAAUGGUGUGAUUCGCUGCACACUGGCAUUGUCCUAUUCAAAAGGGUGAGAAAAAUGUUUAUUCUGUUAAUCUCUGUAUACGUUAAAUUGAUUUGUUACAUCCAGAUAUCAUAAUGGCUUUUUUUGUUUGUUUGAAAAAGUAAAAUUUAUUUUUACUUUAGUGAUGGAUUCAGGACCAGAGUAUAUAAGGGGAUAUGGAUACGUUCUUGAAAAAGUGACACUAUUUAAUUGUUUUGACCUGAUUUGUGAGUGUUGAGGCAGUUUAUGAUAACUUGAUGCAUUACUUCACACUUUAAAAGGUACACUGUGUAACUUUUGGCCCUCUAGUGGUUAAAAACAAAACUUCGUGGAUUUUGCGGAAGAACAUUGUUUUGGUUGUGCUUCGCCUCUGCGUGGCUUUGCAGAUGAAUGUGACCCUUCACAAUAGAUAAUGCUUUACAAUGAACUCUAUUAGAGGGCUACAUAUGACAGUUUAUCUGUUCAAAUAAAAUACCUUACUCACCUGAGUAAAAAAACACCAUCGCCGCCCUUAGUUUGUGCCAUCUCCAGCAAAAGCCAAGCCAGUGUUGAUUCUCGUUUUAUUUGUGUUCUCUUUUUGUCAGCAGACACUCCUCUGUUCGGCAUUUUUUUAAAAAAAUGGGUGAUUCUCCGGAGGUUUAAGAUUUAGCGUGCUCAAUAUCAACCUUUCUCGUUCAUUUUAACAACUAACCUCUAUAAUACCUCACCUUACAUGCACCAAAGUAGCCAGAGCAACUUUUCUCUAUUUACGGAUAUGACGAGACACGCACAGGCGAGUGAUGUAUGUACGCAAUUUCCCGAGAAAACCAUCUUGACAGGUCUAAAACAAACACUUAUAAUAGGCUUACCAUAGUGAAUCAGGGUAAGACAAAAUCAUAUUUUGGAAGAAGGAUUGAUUGACUGUUAAAUUUUGUUAUUUUUGACAACAACAAAAAAAGUUACAAAGUGUACCUUUAAACUUUCUCCACCGUAUUUUUGGGUUCUCAUGACAAUAGCAGGAGCAGGGCUUUAAAACCCAGGGUUAAAUGGGUUUCUGAACCCCUUUGAAAUAAUAAUAAAAAAAAUCAACAUUUAAAAAUACUGUUAAACAGCAUGAAUAGCAGGUACAUAGUGACAUGUUUCCAAGAACAGGUGUUACUGCAAAAAUGAUAGGCUAUUACUAUAUGCUGGGAAUUAAAGCAAAAGUUUAUUAAUGCAAGGUUUUGAAACCAUGGUGUCUAUGAGGUCAAAUGUCUCCCCAAAUAAUAUUUGAAUGUAAUUUUGAGCUGGGUGUUUGUGCAUGUGAAUAAGUGCCAAGAAUUUAUAUUGUUUACAAUCACUGAGACUAUUUGGUUUCUUAGCAAUGGCUCACUUAUUCAACAACGGUAAAGCUGCUAAUACCAAACCGUAUCAGUCAUUUUUGAUAUGGAAAGCUAAUAUAAGCAGGCUCUGACAAAGACUUAUAUCACUCCUCACUAAAGUGAAGGCCUAAACUACUGUAUUAUCCCCACUAGGAGGUAUAAUUGAGAAGGAGCUUUUAAAAACAUGGCUUUGAACUGCUUACAUUCCUUAUUAAUCACAGCUGAUGCACUGAAUUAACUUAUUAACAUCAUGAAAUAAUGAUUAAUAAAUAUUGUGGACUUUCAAAA